AUCCACUGUUUUCGAUAUGCAAAGUGAAGAAAGUAACCUUGUAAUCUUUCAUUUGUGACAGCCUCUAACCGCAGAGCCUCAGACAAACGCAGCGGAACCUCUGACACACUCGAUAUCAAGACAUCUCAAGCGGUUAGACGCGUCUCGCUCAAUUGAGUCAAGCCAACAAUUGCCAUGGUUGGGGUUCCUUUGAGUCGUGGUUGCCAAACGUGUCGGAAGAGGAAAAUUAAGUGCGAUGAGACCCAUCCCAAAUGCACCCGAUGCAAGAAGAGCGGUCUUCUAUGCCUUGGGUACAAGUCUCGCCUGAAAUUCAUGGAUGAAGGUCCGAAGCUUCAAAAGAAACCAAGGCAACCUCAACGACUUGUCAGACAAGAUGUUCCUCGAACUCUACCUUCGUCUGCUUCGGAGAAUCUUUCACUUCAACUUUGCCAAACAUUCAGAUCAGAUCUCCCAGCAGUCAAGAAUCUGAGAUCAUUUACCAAGACUUACUUCGUAAAUGAUUUGCCACGUCACGUGGGUCUAAGUACGGCUUGUGAUCUUGCCAUGAAAGCUUUGUGUCUCGCUCACUCUACACUACUGUCGUCUUGCGGUGAUAGUUUUGUUCGAAGUCGUAUACAGUAUGGUCUGGCUUUAACAGAGCUGCAGCACUGUCUUGCAGACUCAAGACUCGCGAGGACCACCGGAACCUUAUGCGCAACGAUGAUACUCGGUAUAAUUGAGCAACUUCUCCAUGCAGACUUCAGAGCCUCAAUCAGACAUGCGGGGGGAGCCGCUCGAUUAAUCGAGGUUAUUGGUAUCAGCCAUUUCGACGAUCCCUUCGCGUAUGGAAUGUUUCACGCGUUUCAAGGAGCAAUUGUUGUGGAAUCGAUCUUGUAUCAACGAGGAUGCUUCUUAGAUUCACCCCUUUGGCGUGGAGUAUGCGAGAGAACCCAAACGCCUUUCAGUGCCUUGUUCUCACUUCUCUCACAAUUUCCAGAAUUUCUCUCCGCAUUACGAGAUUUGAAGGAAAAAUCUUCAGAUGCGGAAGAGGACAGGAUUCGCCUCCGCGAAAAGAUUGUUCGACUCCGCAACGACCUUCUGAUUUGGAGAUUCGACCCAGCUUAUACCGAGUUAUUCCACACUAUCAGUCAUCAUGCUGAAGGCUUUCUCGAGAAAAGCAUCAUCUACACAUCCAGCAAAUCACUAUCUCUGCUGAUUACCUACUCUGCGAUGAUGAUUUUGAUCAACGCUGCGUUACUUGUUCUCUCCGGAGUCGAAGCAUUUGACCAUCGGGCAGAAAAUCUCGUAUUGGCGAGACAAAUAUGUCAAUCGUAUGAAAACAGCAGGAAGUUUCUACCUGUCGGAAGUGUAGCCAUUGACUUUUCAUUCCGAGCAGCGUAUCUCGUCUCUGAUUCGGAACAGAGAGGAUGGAUUGCAGAAAAGUUGUGUAAGAUGCAGAGUUCGUUAUGCAGAUGGCAGGAUGAUCAGACUAUCGUUGUAGAGUUGGAUAGCUGUUUUGAUUACUUGGCAUACUGA